AUGAGCGGCUCAAUCGUCAGAGCCUUUAACUGGGACGAAGGCUACGAGAAACAAUUCUUCGCAGUUAAUCCAAUUGGCGAUGAAGUCAUCCUCUACCAGACAAACCAUCAGGAUCCAGGAGUGGGUACUAAUGACUUGAUCAAAGUCAAUAGCCGUUCAGGCUUCGAGAACAUCCAAUGCUCGUCAUACUCAUCUGUGAUCAAGGGGAUUGCUGGAGUGGGUUCCAUCAACGGAAAUGUGUCAAUUUUCGACAUAUCGUCGCCUACAUCGUCCAUUCUUAAGCUUAGACCAAAGCAGAGCAGGCCGUGCAAUUCCAUCUCUUUCAACAACAAAAAUCUAGUCGCUGCAGGCUUCGACAAGGGCAGGCAGGACAACUCGCUCCAGAUCUGGAACAUCGAGCACUAUUCGAGAAAGAGCACCAACGACCAUAUCAAGAGACCUAUCAAUACUUACGUUCCCAACGAGGCCAUUCUAUCCAUCAUCUUCUAUCCAGAACACGAAAGCAACUUGGUGUGUGGGCUGUACAAGUUUCUCCGAGAGAUCGACUUGAGGCUGGAUCAACCAGUCUUCCAGAUGGCUUCCAAAUACACCUUGGGGUUGACAGUGGACCAUUUUCUGCCCCACUAUUUCCAGUCGUUCAGCGAGGACGGGUCGCUAGCUGUGUGGGAUAGAAGGAAGUUGACCUCAAAUGCCAGGUCGAAGGGCUCGUUGUCUGCUUCAAAUGUCAUUUCAGAGGCCCCUGUGCUUCAGUUCAAUAAGCUACUUAGCGAUACUUCCUCCAGAAAGAAUCAAAAUCCAUGUGUGAGAUACUCUUCUAUCAGAAAAGGAGAGUUCCUGGCCGUUUUCAACGGUGACUUGAUUAGAAGAUGGCAAACUGGUGUGGUCCCAGCUUCUACAAACUCGAAUGAUCCCUAUAAGGUGAAGAAAGAUCCAACUAUUUUACAGAGUCUAAAACACCAGGCUUCCCAAUUGUACAAGCAAAACGAAGAGUCCCUUUUCGUGGCCUUAGUCUUAGAUGUUAAAACAGACUACGAGAGAGUCGUGUCUUUCGACUACUCACCCGAUAUUAACUCUAGCACCUCCACAAACUUCGUCUGCAUGAGGCAAUCUGGAUCUGUUUUCAAAAUGCCCGUGGUGGAAUGUAUUGAAUCCAUGGACUUCAAUUCUUACAAUGAAUUUUCUUUCACUGGUCCAGAAGGUACAAUGUCCAAUUUUGUGAAUGAAGAAAUAGAGAAAAAGAAGCCAGUUGCUCAACAGUUGAAUGCAGCAAAGAUACAUGAUAUGACUAUUUCAGGAGAUCUUCGAAAGUACAGUCAAACGGGCUCAUCUGAAGAUGUAGAUUCUAUGAUCGAAGAAGAGAGCAUCUUGGCCAAUAAAGAACUCAUUAACGAUUACAAUGAUGAGUUCGAGGAAGAUUUCAUUCCGUUGAACAAAUUUCUUGACCAUAUGGACGUGGUUAGUAAUGACAUAUGCUCCACCAUCCGGAAGCGAGCACAGCAUGGUUAUGGAGUUGAUUGCGAUAAUAACAUAAGGGUAUUGGAAGACUUGAAUUUCCUUGAUAAUCAACUCUUCUUGAGAAACACUUGGAAAUGGUUGUCGUUGGCCAAGAAGUCAUUAGAUAAAGGUACAAUGGUCUCAAAGGGAAUUGAUUUAGGGUAUCAGGGUGUACUUGGAAUAUGGAAAGGGAUUGAAGAACUUGAGGGACAGAACAGAACUACUGGAAAAGAUUCUACUGAAACUCUCAAUGAUAAUUGGUUCUCAUUUGCAGUUAAGUCUAUCGUUUCUUCCAAAGGAACAAAGACUGCUGGCAUUACAAUUCCAAGCAAUAGUGAAAGGAAGGCUCAAAGAAAGUUAUGUUUGAUCGUUAGUGGAUGGUACUUGACCGAUGCUGAAUUUGAAGAAAAGCUCAAUAUCUUGAUUGCUCUUGGUUAUACCGAGAAGGCAGCAGGAUGGGCGGUUUUCCACGGUGAUGUGCCUAAGGCGAUCGAAAUUUUGGCCAAUGCAAAGAAGGAACGCUUGAGAAUUAUGUCCACCGCAGUAGCAGGCUACUUGGCAUAUAAGACAUCCAACAUCAACAGUCCUUGGAAGGACCAAUGUCGUAAAAUGGCAUCAGAGUUGGAUGACCCUUACCUCAGGGCCAUUUUUGCUUUCAUUGCCGAUAAUGACUGGUGGGACGUAUUGGAUGAGCAUUCGUUGCCUUUGAGAGAGAGGCUAGGAGUUGCUUUAAGGUUCUUGUCUGAUAAAGAUCUCAAUGUCUAUUUGAACAGAAUCGCCGACUCUGUUGUGACCAAAGGAGAGCUAGAAGGAUUGAUCUUGACCGGAAUUACGCCCAGAGGUAUUGAUUUGUUACAGAGCUUCGUGGACAGAACGAGUGACGUUCAGACUGCUGCAUUGAUAUCCGCGUUUGCAUGUCCCAGAUACUUCGCUGACAACAGGGUCAAACACUGGGUGGAUUGCUACCGAGGAUUGUUGGAUAGUUGGGGAUACUUCGGCGUCAGAGCCAAAUUUGACGUUGCACGUACCAAACUUUCUAAGAACCACGCUGGCAACCCAACCAUCAAAGCAACACCUAAACAAGUGUAUCUCCAGUGCAUUCGUUGUAACAAGAACAUAUCCAAAUCCAGGUCAGGCGCCUAUGUGAACAAUAGUAACACACAGGUGUUGUUGAAACAGUUCAAUAAAAUGAGUGUUAACAAGGAGCAAAAUGAGGAUUUCAAUGCUUGUCCUCAUUGUGGGGCACCUCUUCCCAGAUGCUCAAUCUGCCUCUUGACCUUGGGCACCCCGUUGCCUUUGGAACCUUCAGAAAAGUUGGCGGAAGUGAGCACAUCCAACAAGAUCGAAAACAAAUUUCGGGAGUGGUUCAGUUUCUGCUUGAGCUGCAAUCACGGGAGCCAUGCCCACCAUGCCGAGGAGUGGUUUUCGAAACACUACGUUUGUCCUGUCCCCGAUUGCAACUGCCGAUGUAACAGUAAAUAG